AUGAAGCUUAAAAUAUGUUACCCGUCUGGAUAUGAAAAGAGAAAAAAGAAGCAAAGAGUCGAAAGUUUACUCAAAUCUCAAACAGGGGCUAUUGAUAAAUUCGUUACGGCCAGUAAACCGAUAGAACAUUCGGUUGAAGACUUGGAAAAUAAAGAAGAUGAAGGUUUGGAGAAUAAUGAAAAUGAAAAUUUGGUGAAUGAAGAAGUUGAAAGUUUGGUGAAUAACGAAAACGAAAACUUGGUGAAUGAAGAAGGAAAUGGGAAUUUAGGGAGUGGAGAAGCCAAUCAAGAUGAGGAGAUGAAUGUCGAAUAUGAACCUUUGAAUAUUGAUGAUCCGAGUAAUUUGAAAAAUAUUGAUCAAAAUUUACGAGAUUUAUUAGUAGAGAGAGGUCCUGUGAGAAGAGAUUGUGACGUCAACUUCCCUAAGGACGCUAAUGCCAGGCAUUUCUCCUCCAUUCAUUACAUUCGGCAUUUAACAAAUGGAGAAAAACUUGAUAGGAAAUGGCUAAUAUACUCGGAGGUUUUGGAUAGAGUUUUUUUCUUUUGUUGUAAGUUGUUUAAGCAAGAAGGAAAUAAGACUCAAUUAGCUACUGAAGGAUUUAAAGAUUGGAAAAAUAUUGGUGAGAGACUUAAAGGCCAUGAAAGUAGUAACGAGCACAUUACUUGCAUGAGCAAAUGGAUUGAGCUAGAGAAAAGAUUGGGGAAGAAUCAAACAAUAGAUAAGAGUGCACAAGACCAAGUUAGCAAAGAAAGAGACGAGUAUUAUUGA